UAUUUGAGUAAAUAAAUGAAAAUGGAGAAUAACAAUGGCAUUUCUGUUAUUCUACCGGAAGCCGAGGUCAGUUAGCGGUCAAACUGGGUCAGCACCAUAAGUCCAUAACCAGAACACCGACCCAUCACCCAUAUCGGAGCCCCGAAUCCCCCCAACGCCCAGAAAACAAUUCUUACGCAAACUCAAUCCUCCUCCUCCUCCUUCAUUCUCGACUCUCUGUGCUCCUGCCCACGGUGGCACUGAUAAUAGAGUGUCGAACUGUAUCAGUUAAGCAACACAUGGAUGUAUAAUCAUCGGUUUGGUUUGCAUCGUACAGUCCAGUUUGUGCCCUGUUGUGUUAUUGAAGGUUCUUCUGCUUGAAAGGUUGUUCUUGAGGGGUCUUCGGGGAAUAGAGGACCCUUCAGGCUGGAAAAUUUUUGGGUUAGUUCGAAGCUUUUAGCCACAGCAAGAUAAGUUUUGUUGUAUAGGCGGUGGGUAUAACGAUUCUCGAUUUGCGGAACAUGCCAGCUGUACAAAAGCUUUAUAACGCUUGUAAAGCAUCACUUUCGCCUAAUGGACCGGUUUCAGAAGAUGCUCUCGAGAAAGUCUGUUCCCUACUGGACAAAAUCAAGCCUUCUGAUGUGGGUCUUGAGCAGGAAGCACAACUUGUGCGGAGUUGGAAUGGUACUCUGCAUGAUCGCAAUGGAGGAAUACGGUCACCCCCACCAAUCAAAUACCUGCACAUACAUGAAUGUGACAGCUUCUCUAUGGGGAUAUUUUGCAUGCCACCUUCCUCUAUCAUACCUUUACACAACCACCCUGGGAUGACCGUCUUAAGUAAGCUGGUAUAUGGUUCCUUUCACGUGAAAGCCUAUGAUUGGAUUGAUAUUCCAGGUCCUUCGGUUCCAACGGAAGGUACUAGACCGGCAAAGCUUGUUAAAGACUGUGACAUGACAGCUCCGUGUGGGACAACUGUUCUGUAUCCUACAUCUGGAGGCAACAUCCAUUGUUUCAAAGCCAUAAGUCCAUGUGCUAUUUUUGACAUCCUUUCUCCACCUUACUCUUCCGAGGAUGGACGACAUUGCACUUAUUUUCGAAGGUCUCCCAUAGGAGAUCUACCAGGUGAGCUUGAGGUGGAUGGAGUGACAUUCUCAGAUGUGACUUGGUUGGAAGAAGUUCAACCCCCCGAUGACUUUGUGGUCCGUAGAGGGCAAUACAGGGGCCGUGUCAUCAAAACUUGAAGUGGUUGAUUCUUUUGGUUCUAUCCAUCAACUCUUAUUACGCAUUCAGAUUAAUUAGUAAUGUCUCAGCCGAUGAGAAUAAUGACUUAUAUUGGUCGGAAAGUGGGGCAUUUGAGGUGUACAUAUCAUUAUACCAUACAUUAAUUUACUGACCUCACCUUAAAUUAGUUAAUGGUUAGACUGAGUAUAAACAAGUCCUCCGAAGUUUUGAUCGAUAACUAACCAGCUUGCUUACGCUUGUUAUGCGUGCUAUUCUGCUUCAUGACCAUUUGGGUCGAUAAUGAUGUACACAUAUAAUAUAUAGAAACCUCAAUCUCUGAGCAGGGAAGCUUGGCUUGUUUGAACUUGGUUCAAUUUUUCACAGGGUAGUUUGUCAAAUGAUGAGUCUAAAUUUUGUUUA